AUGCGUUCCACCACUGCAGGGUGCUGGACCUGUCGUAUGCGACAUAAAAAGUGUGACUUGGAGAAGCCCUCGUGUAAGGAAUGUACCGAGAGACAAGUGAGCUGCCACGGCUAUGGGUCAAAACCAGCAUGGAUGAACGGUGGACCGGAAGAGCGAAAAGAGCGAGCCAAAAUCAAAGUGAUAAUCAACAAGAACUUUCGCCGAAUCAAAAGAUUGCAACAUCUGACUCGCCAACGAGAAAGAGAGGGCGACACUUCGCCUGAAAUACAACCAGAUGAAGAUAUUCGCCCAUUCGCAAGUCCAUCUUGUUCUUUGGAACUUCAACCUCUAUCUCCAGAAAUUGCAGAAGGCGAAUUUACUGUUGAUGCCGCGCCUCAGUCUGUGGCCCCUGACUGCGAUCAAUCUUUCGGACCCCGCCAAGAACCAAGCCCACAGCACGCCAGGGGAAUUGGCGACAUUGAUCACCAGGAGGCUCAUUUGUUGAUGCAUUAUCUCGAUCAAGUCUUUCCUUGGCAAUUUCCCUAUCAUGACUCCCGGUCUAGUCUAGGAAACAGAGGCUGGCUUUUUUUGCUUGUCAUCAAGUGUGGGCCGCUGUACCACGCUAUUCUAAGUCUAUCUUCUCUUCACCAGGGCGCAAUUGUUGAUGCCAGAGAAGAUAUACUGAAAAAGCAAAAAGCAUUGAAUCAUCACUCACGGGCACUCCGAGAGCUCUGUGAUAUUAUGAGUGAAAAGGGUGAUAAAUUAAGGGACGACCACGUUCGAUUAGCCGAUUUUUUGACAUGUAGCUUCAUGUUGAUAAGCUUCGAGGUCUUUGGUGGCGCAGAGCAUGACUGGCUUCCGCAUUUGGAUGCAGUCACCUCUGUCAUGAGUUCAUCGUCACCAGAAGAUAUUUUCAAUCGAACCACUGAUAGUGAAGAGACGUCGAGAGACGGGAAGAAUGAAGACCUCAUCUUCCUUAUGGUCGGUGUCAUAUGGUACGAUCUUCUCGCGUGUGUUUCGACAGGCAGUGUCCCACGGCUUCCAUAUCGACGCUGGCUCCAAACUCCUGGUUUUAAUACAGCUGACCUGAUGGGCUGUCAAAAUUGGGUCAUGCUGGCUAUCGGAGAUCUAGCAACUCUCUCGGCAUGGAAAGAUCAACAAGAGACGGACGGGGUGUUGAGCAUUCGGGAGCUUGCAACUAAGGGCCUAGAAAUUGAAACACGACUAGAAACUGGCAUUGAGCGUUUAGAUCAAGAACAUAAGGUGAGCAUAGAGUUAGGUGACCUAUCGAGGCUGCAGCUGACUUCUUGA